AUGCGAAGAAACAUUGAAGAUGGUUCCAAUGUCUGUCCUCUUACACCGUGCAUUGAAGUUGGAAAGAGUGGGCAUGAAUCUGUGCGGGAAUCUGAUGAUGAUGAAGAGAUUCCUGCUACGCCAAAAGCAACAUCUCAUGUUGAUGAAGAGGGAGAAGAAGAGAUUCGUGCUACGCCUAAAGCAACAUCUGAUGAUGAUGAAGAGGGGAUUCCUGCUACUCCUAGAGCGGUAUCUGAGCCGAAAUCUGAUGGUGAUGAAGAGAAGGAUGAAGAGAUUCAUGUUUCUCCUAGAGCGGCUUCUGCUGAGGAGGAAGAUCCACCUUCCAAAAAACAACGAACAAAGAGAGAAACCAAAGGUCGAAAGGGAAGAAAGGGAAAAAGGGGAAAAAAGGGGAAAAAAGAUCAUGUGGAAUCUGAUCCCAAAGAUUCUGUGCCUCCAAUUGAUGAUGAUGAAGUUCAUGUGGAAUCUGAUCCAAAGGAUUCUGCUCCCAAGGAUCAUGCGACCCAAAUUGAUGAUGUAAUUCAUCAAGAAGUUGAUCCCAAAGAAUCUGAGCCAGAGAAAUCUGAGUCCAAGGAAUCUGAGCCCAAGGAAUCUGAGCCGGAGAAAUCUGAGCCCAAGGAAUCUGAUCCCAAGGAUCCUGCGAUCCCAUUGGAUGGUGAUGUCCCGGUGCAAUCUACGGUGGUGGAAUCUGAGAUUCCUACUGGUCAACGCAAACACCCUGUUUACAGAGGUUUUGGAUAUCGAGGUUGA